AUGAGGCUUGCAGUUGCUGCUUUUGGUCUGGGUGUACUGAAUGCUGAGUUUGGCGGUCUGCAAGAGUAUAUGCUUGAAUAUGAAGAAGCCACAGACUACGAAUAUUUUAACUAUGAAAUUGAAGAAGCAGAAGAAUCGGAGGAUCUCUGCAAAUUCAGAUCGUUGGCUGAACGAGGUUCUGUUUUUUUCACUGCGAGAUCAUAUAAUGCAAGAGAUAGAGAAAAUGGACAAAAAAUAUUUGAUGAGAUUCUUGAAGAUAUCUCAAGAAUCAAUGAAGGGCGCAAUCUGGAUUGUGACUUGAAACUGUUUCCAUGUUCUUACGUCCAGUUUCCAAAGAAUGAGGAAGCUUGUCAAUUAGUUCGACGGUUAGAAUCAUUGACUGAAUACAUAUCAAAUCGCUGCCCUUCGGUAACCUUCGGCGAUCUGACAGCACUUAAAGCCAGCUCCGAGCCAAUGGAGCGCCCCUGUCUCAGCUCAUCGGAAUUUCUCGAUGAUGGAGAGCUGCGCCAAAUGAACUCAGCUUUCCGGAUAGAAUUCGCAGCACCGAUUCGUGAUGUUUUGACAGAAGCAACUGCAAAAUACAGACAGAUGCUGGACAACUUUCGAACACACCGAAAGCAGAAUGACAUUCGGAAAGAGCGAUACCACGGUUUCAUAGAAGAAAAAUCAGAGCUUGCGCGAAUUGGCAGCAUUGGGAAAGGAAUGCUGGGCGAUGUCGGGAUCUCCACGGAGUCGUGGAUACCUAAGGAUGAAGAAGAUUUUGACGUUAAAUUCUAUUUGCAAUCGCUAGAAGAAAGAAAUGCAGAAUUAGAAGCGAAAGCAAAGAAAUUUGCAAGAUCACAGUUCGAGACAAGCAACGGUGGAUCCUGGCAGAAGUCCGAUACCGCAGUCAAGCGCGUCGCAGCUGUGUCGAGCUCUGGCUUCACCCCGGCACAGGAAUCCUCCAGAAAUGUUGCGUCAUCUCGAUUUAGAGGCAGCUUUUCUAAUUUUCCUAUGAAACAUGGAAAGUCUGUGAGCAUACUCGUCCUGGCGACAAAAGCGCCAGCACCUGAGCCGACUAAACCAGUCUGGGAUGUUAUCGAAGAUGUUUGUGAGUCAAGUUGCGCUAAAUUCAAAACAAAAUGCGUUUGCAAAAAAGGCAAAACUUGCGGCUGGCAAAAAGAAAAGGACUUUCCGGAAUGUGCAUUUACAACUGCUGAUCCAAAUGUUUCGACAACCGUUCAAACCACAACUACUCCUCAACGAGAAGUUUGUCCUCCACUGCCUUACGAAAAUCAAGACGGCCUUUGGGACUGCAAAAAAGACGCGAACAUCGACAGGCAGACUUGCAAGAUCACCUGCCCUUCAAAAAAAUAUCGAGCUUCAUGCCAGUGUCGAAAGGGUUCUUGUAAAUGGAACUGGUCCGGCAAACUUGACGGCGGUGGAAGUAUUAUUUUCCCCUCAGAGUGCGAGUCCCUAAUAUCUGGCACAACUACAACCGGCCCGAACACAAUCCCGACCACAACGUCAACCACUCAAACAGUGACUGCUCCUGCUUCGUGCGCUGCUCUAGAAGAGCAGGACCACUGGUCUUGUUCAAUGGAAUCAAAUCUGAACAAGCAGAAGUGUUCUUUCGACUGCGAGUCAAGAGGAAAAUUUAGAAAAUACACUGCUGAGUGUAAAUGUAAAAAUGGAAAAUGUUCAUGGAAGGGAAAGACAAGUCUGCAAAAAUGCGAGAAUUUAUCUUCUACCAACGACACGUCAAAUGUUGGCAUUACAACGACAACCCCAAAUUUAGCCAUAACUACUGUGACGUCGAGCGAAACAUGUGCUGCGCUUCCAGAAGAGAUCCAACAUUUCAAGUGCUCAAAAAUGGAUGGAAAUAACUUCGUCCACAACUCACUUUGCAAGGGAAGAUGUAGCGGAAGAAUGAAAAGAAUAACUUGUUCUUGUCAGAACCAGAUAUGCGAGUGGUCCGACAUUGAUCCCAUCUGUUUGCUCUAG